AUGUGCCUCAUCUUCCCUUCCACCCUCAGUGGCGCGGCCCUGAAUUGGUUCCACAGGUUGAACUCCCUCACCAUCAACUCAUUUGACAGUCUGAAGCAGACCUUCUUAGACCACUUCAUGAUCCAAACUGAUCGCCUAUACUCCGCAGACGACUUGUACAUGCUUCGGCAGGUCGAGGACGAACCCCUUCGGGAGUAUGCAGCCCGGUUCAGCCAUGAGUACUCCCGUUGUCCAGAGACUAACGAUCAUGCUCCUUUCGGUGCCUUCAAGAGUGGCCUCCGCGAGUCCAACAUCCGCUACCUGGCCCACAGCAACCCUGGAACACAUAUGCGGAGCUAA